AGAGUCACAUUCCUGUGCAGUGACGCCCACAUUUUCCUGCCGAAGGCGGAGCUUGUCUGUUGUUGGGCAAUAUUUAGAAAAGUAAGAGCCAGGCUCCCUUCGCCACUCCGAAAAAAUGGGAAACAGAGAUGAUGAAUACGAUUAUUUAUUCAAAGUUGUGCUGAUUGGUGACUCCGGGGUGGGCAAGAGCAACCUGCUGUCUCGUUUCACCAGAAAUGAGUUCAACUUAGAAAGCAAGAGCACCAUCGGGGUGGAGUUUGCCACACGUAGCCUUCAGGUGGAUGGCAAGACCAUCAAGGCACAGAUUUGGGACACGGCCGGACAAGAACGCUACCGAGCCAUUACCUCGGCGUACUACCGGGGCGCAGUGGGCGCUCUUCUUGUGUACGACAUUGCCAAGCACCUGACCUACGAGAACGUGGAGCGUUGGCUGAAGGAGCUGAGGGACCACGCCGACAACAACAUCGUCAUAAUGCUAGUGGGCAACAAGAGUGACCUGCGACACCUCAGGGCCGUGCCCACCGAUGAGGCGCGGGCGUUUGCGGAAAAGAACACGCUGUCGUUCAUCGAAACCUCUGCCUUGGACUCUACAAAUGUGGAAGAAGCCUUCAAAAACAUCCUCACUGAAAUCUACCGCAUCGUUUCCCAGAAGCAAAUAUCGGACCGAUCGGCGCACGACGACUCCCCGGGCAACAAUGUGGUGGACAUCAGCGUGCCACCCACCACCGACGGACAAAGGGGCAACAAAAUGGCUUGUUGCCAGAACCUGUGAACUCUCUUCCCCCUUCCUCACUUCCUUACUUUGACUUCAUUCCCAUUCCCAUUGACCCGAUCACGUUGAGAGUGACGGCGAGGGGAUGUGAAGCUUUUCCUGAUUCCCAGACAGAGGAAACGUGGCGUUCACCUCCCCGUUUCGGAGUGACCACGAUGCUCGAAAGUCCAAUCAUUUCAAAGUUUUGUACACUACGGUGCUCUGAUAGUAUUUCAAUGGUAAGAUGAUUCACACACUCUGUUGAGCAACAUCCAGUAAGCGUUUUACAAGUGCAGGGAACUUGCGAAGGGUGUGCGUGACUUGCGUGUGUCAGAUUUAUUUCUUGUGAAAAAUUGCUGAUGCGUCAAUAAAGCCAAUGGCAAAUGUA